AUGACGAGGGCUUCCAUGACGCCAAUCGCGAGGUACAGCGACUGCGGCAAUGGAGAUCCUUCACGCCAAGGAACACCCAAGAGGCAUGCCUCGGCCACGGAGCGUCGCCACAUUUGUGUUGCCGAGGUGUUCACGAAACAAAAGAAUGCCGUCGACGACGACGAGAACAAGGGGGACAACCGUCGCCGCAUCAUUCACAACGCAGUCGUGGACUCGCUGGUGUCGAUGUUGGAGCCUGAAACUCCUUCGUACAAGAUGAAGAAGGGACAAUCGAACGUUGUCAUGUUUGUCGGGUUGCAGGGGAGCGGGAAGACAACGACGAUCGCCAAGUACGCGCAUUAUUACCAGCGCAAGGGGCGGGGACGUACAUGGUGUGCGCCGAUAUGUUUCGCGCCGGUGCGUUGGAUCAGCUCAAGCAAAACGUGA